AUGGCCCGAAAUGCGGAAAAGGCGAUGACAGCAUUGGCUAGGUGGAGGCGCAUGAAGGAAGAGGAAGAGAAGGGGCCAGUGGCAAAAAGGCCGAACGACGUUAGCGAAUGCACUACUUUAAGCGAUGCAGAGCGUUACCGCAAGGAAGUUACAAUGGAAAUUGCAAAAAAAAUUGCUCUAAUACAGAAUCCCGGUUUAGGAGAGUUCAAGAUAAGGGACCUUAAUGAUGAAAUUAAUAAGCUCCUACGCGUGAAGUAUGCUUGGGAAAGCAGGAUUUUGGAACUUGGAGGACCAGACUAUAGGCGUGUAGCACCGAAAGAGCUUGAUCGCGAAGGUCGCGAAAUAGCCAAUAAUAAAGGUUAUAAGUACUUCGGGGCCGCAAAAGACUUACCUGGAGUUCGAGAGUUGUUUGUAGAGAAGCCUGAAGUAGAUCCAAAUCGAAAAAAUCGUAGUGAGUUGAUGAAACAUGUAAAUGCAGAUUAUUAUGGGUAUAUGGAUGAUGAUGAUGGUCUUCUUGUUCCAUUAGAAGAGGAAUCACAACAAAUUGCUCGUAUGGAAGGAGAAAAGGAAUGGGAGGAAAAUAAGGAUAAAUGGAGAGCAAAAAAAGCCGAUGAAGAAGAUAUUGACAUAUAUAAAGUUAAGGAUGAUUCGGAUGAAGAGCUAGAUACAAAGCAGUCAACUUUGGUCGGCGAGGAUGGUAAAGAAACAUUUGUACAACAUGUUAUGGUUCCAUCCCAAAAAGAUAUUGAAAUAUUGAUUUUACAAAAGAAGAAAGCUCAGCUGUAUGAAAAAUUUAUUCCUGACAUGAAGCCUGAUGAUUUAUAA